AUGGUAGCUGACGAUGCCAGAACGGUGCUUCUAGAAGAUGAGUUGGUGCAGCGGGUGCUGUCAGAUGGCCAGGCCGGCAUUCGCCGUUGCAACUCAGUGCAAAUAUUUUCGCUGUUUGAGGAUGCGGACGAUGUGACUGUUCAGUUCGACUUCUCAGUUCAGGAAUGCCCAACCAUGAACGGAAUGUUGACCUUGGUAUCAGUGACCACGUUCCUGGCUGGCUUCGUGGCGGCCGAUUUCAGUGGAUUCAGUGGAAAGGAUUGGCAGGAGUGCCACUGGAUGUGCGAGUUCCUGUAUGUGUGCAUGCUGGCUUAUGCUGAAGGCUCAUGCCUCUACAUUGCUAUUUGCGGUACUAUGGCAUGUGCAACGCAUCUGCGCGCUGCCAACCAGAUCGCAACUGGCAAAUGGCAAAACAUGUGCCUCGCUGCUGUUGAGCCCGUGACCCGAAAUCUAAAGAGUCUGAAAGGCAGGCGGAUGAAGACCAUCAAGGCUGCGUUAAGCGCCGUCAUGCGCAGUGAUGCGGACUUCGUGAGUAACCUCCGAUCCGCAGGCCUCAUAGCCGAUGGCGAAGAGAUUGAGGCUGAGGUUGACUUGCGCCAACUGCCGGGCUCGGCGGGCUUUCUGGUGACCCCCCGUGAUCCCGUCCGCAUCAUGGGCACCAGCUUCGGCUUCCGAUACCUGAAGGACCUAAGCUUUCCGAUGUCCAUCGUGUGCUACCUCGUGGCCCAGACGAUGAAGGCUCUGAAGGGGGAGCCACCCCACAUUGUGGCCAGUGUGGCUCUGAUUGUCGGCUUCUGGCUCGUGAGAAUCGGCUUCGAUCUGCGUUACAUGUACCAAAAGAUUUAUGACAAGGUCUAUGACUGA